AUGCAGACUAGAGUGUCAUCAUCGUCUUUCAUCUCGAGAGCUCUUUCAUCGUCAUCUAACCUCAAUGAGCUUCGUCGAGUCCACGCCCUUGUGAUCUCUCUCGGUCUUGACACCUCCGACUUCUUUUCCGGCAAGCUUAUCGACAAGUACUCUCAAUUUCGUGAACCUGCCUCUUCCCUCUCCGUUUUCCGGCGAGUUUCUCCGGCCAAAAAUGUUUACAUCUGGAAUUCAAUCAUCAGAGCGUUCUGUAAGAACGGUUUGUUCCCUAAAUCCCUCGAGUUUUACGGGAAACUCCGGGAAUCCAAGGUCUCUCCUGAUAAGUACACGUUUCCUUCGGUUAUCAAAGCCUGCGCGGGAUUGUUCGAUGCAAAUAUGGGAGAUUUGGUUUAUGAACAGAUUCUGGAGAUGGGUUUCGAAUCUGAUUUGUAUGUAGGCAAUGCACUUGUGGAUAUGUUUGCUAGAAUGGGAUUGUUGGGUAGAGCACGACAAGUGUUCGAUGAAAUGCCUGUGAGAGAUCUUGUGUCUUGGAACAGUUUGAUUUCUGGGUAUAGUUCCCAUGGUUACUACGAGGAAUCCUUGGAUGUUUAUAAUGAGUUGAGGAAGUCUUGGAUUGUGCCAGAUUCCUUCACGGUUUCAAGUGUUUUGCCUGCCUUUGGGAAUUUGAUGGUUGUCAAACAAGGACAGGGACUUCAUGGUUUUGCUCUCAAGUCAGGUGUUAACUCUGUUGUGGUGGUUAACAACGGACUACUUGCAAUGUACUUGAAAUUUAGCAGACCAACAGAUGCAAGACGAGUUUUUGAUGAGAUGGUUGUUCGAGAUUCCGUUAGUUACAAUACUAUAAUCUGCGGGUAUCUCAACUUAGAGGUGCAUGAAGAAUCUGUGAGGAUUUUUUUGGAAAAUUUGGAUCAGUUCAAUCCAGAUAUCUUAACAGCUAGUUCUGUUCUUCGUGCCUGUGGACACUUACGGGACUUGCGCUUAGCAAAGUACGUUCAUGACCAUGUGUUGAGAGCUGGCUUUGUGCUUGACACUACUGUUGAAAACAUUUUAAUUGAUGUGUAUGGAAAGUGUGGUGACAUGACCACUGCAAGAGAUGUUUUCAAAGGCUUGGAAUGUAAGGAUACUGUUUCGUGGAAUUCGAUAAUCAGUGGAUAUAUACAAAACGGGGAUCUUUUGGAAGCCAUGAGACUCUUUAAGUUGAUGAUGAUGAUGAUCACGGAAGAGCAAGCGGAUCACAUCACUUACUUGAUGCUUAUAUCUGUCUCCACGCGUCUAGCAGACUUGAAAUUUGGGCAAGGGCUACACUCGAAUGUGACAAAAUGCGGAAUUAAUUUCGAUCUUUCUGUUGGUAAUGCGUUGAUUGAUAUGUAUGCAAAGUGCGGGGAAGUAGGAGAUUCACUGAAGAUAUUCAAUAGUAUGGAAACUCGGGAUACGGUGACAUGGAACACGGUUAUUUCAGCCUGUGUUCGUUUUGGGGAUUUCGCAACCGGUUUGCAGGUUACUAGUCAGAUGAGGAAGAGCAAAGUGGUGCCUGAUAUGGCUACUUUCUUAGUUACAUUGCCUAUGUGUGCUUCACUUGCUGCAAAACGACUAGGCAAGGAGAUCCAUUGUUGUCUGUUAAGGUUUGGAUAUGAAUCUGAGUUGAGAAUAGGGAAUGCACUAAUUGAAAUGUACUCAAAAUGUGGCUGUUUGGAGAGUUCCUUCAGAGUUUUUGAACGUAUGAGUAGAAGAGAUGUUGUAACAUGGACAGGGAUGAUCUAUGCAUAUGGAAUGUAUGGCGAGGGUGAGAAAGCUCUUGAAGCUUUUGUUGAUAUGGAAAAAUCCGGUAUUGUUCCCGAUAGUGUUGUCUUCAUUGCCAUCAUCUAUGCUUGCAGCCACUCUGGUUUGGUAGAAGAAGGCUUGGCUGGCUUCGAGAAGAUGAAAACUCACUACAAAAUUGACCCUAUGAUGGAACAUUAUGCGUGUGUGGUUGAUUUGCUGUCUCGGUCUCAGAAGAUUUCGAAAGCCGAAGAAUUUAUCCAAGCAAUGCCCAUAAAACCUGAUGCGAGCAUAUGGGCAUCUCUGCUAAGAGCUUGUCGAACAAGUGGGGACAUGGAAACCGCAGAAAGAGUGUCUAGGAGGAUCAUUGAACUGAAUCCGGAUGAUCCAGGUUACUCGAUUCUAGCAUCAAACGCAUAUGCAGCGUUGAGAAAAUGGGACAAAGUGAGCCUAAUCCGCAAAUCCUUGAAUGAUAAACUCAUCAAGAAGAAUCCGGGAUAUAGCUGGAUCGAAAUCUGUAAAAAAGUUCACGUGUUCCGUGCUGGAGAUACUUCAGCACCUCAGUCGGAAGCCAUCCAUAAGUCACUAGAGAUACUUUACAGUUUAAUGGCUAGAGAAGGGUAUGUACCCGAUUCACGGGAAGUGUCGCAGAAUCUACAGGAAGAAGAAGAGAAGAGACGUUUGAUCUGUGGGCACAGUGAGAGACUAGCGAUUGCGUUUGGACUGUUGAACACAGAACCAGGGACGCCGUUGCAAGUGAUGAAAAACCUUCGUGUCUGUGGUGAUUGUCAUGAAGUCACAAAGCUGAUAUCAAAGAUCGUGGGACGUGAGAUAUUAGUGCGGGAUGCUAAUCGGUUCCAUCUCUUCAAAGACGGCACUUGUAGCUGCAAAGACCGGUGGUGAAUAGUUUCUUUGAUGUAAUUCAGAGCAUGGAUUUGCUUUGCUGUUUCAUUAAAAUGUAUCCUGAUAAACCUACGCAAUUUAUUAUCCUAUACUGAAAGUGCAAUCAACAUAUCCAGAUGGAGAACCUCUUAUAUCUCUUGAUCGAAUAAAAAAAGAUGGUAAAUUUCCAUUA